UGGCUGGUUUGUGGGCUGCCUGACAUGACCAGAAGACUCCAUCGUGCCUUUUGAAGAUGGGGAACUCUUACGCGGGACAGCUGAAGACGACACGGUUUGAGGAGGUCCUGCACAACUCCAUCGAGGCCUCGCUGCGCUCCAACAGCCUGGUGCCCCGGCCUGUCUUCUCCCAGCUCUACCUGGAAGCCGAGCAGCGGCUCUCGGCCCUGGAAGGCGGUAGCCGUGUCGACAAUGAGGAAGAGGAAGAAGAAGGGGAAGCGGGGCUGGAGCCGAACUGCCCCCCAAACCCCUAUCAGAUGCACCCUCCGCCUGAAGGAUGCUGCACCACAGACGGCUUCUGCCAGGCGGGGAAGGACCUGCGCCUCGUCUCCAUCUCCAGCGAGCCCAUCGACGUCCCCGCAGGCUUCCUCCUCGUGGGCGCCAAGGCCCCCAGCCUGCCGGACCACCUCCUGGUGUGCGCCGUGGACAAGAGGUUCCUGCCGGAUGACAGCGGGCACAAUGCCCUUCUUGGAUUCUCCGGGAAUUGCGUUGGCUGCGGAAAGAAAGGCUUCUGCUACUUCACGGAGUUCUCCAAUCACAUAAACCUUAAGCUGACCACUCAGCCUAAGAAGCAGAAACACUUGAAGUACUACCUGGUCCGCAACGCACAGGGGGCGCUUACCAAAGGACCCCUCAUUUGCUGGAAAGGCUCAGAGUUCAGAGGCCGCCAGGCCACCGCCGGCCCGUGCUCCAGUUCCCUCUUCCCGCCGCUGGACUGCGCUGGGCCCCUGGCCGCCUUCUCUGGCGAGCCCACGCCUGGAACCAACCCCAGCGUCCCCACGGGGGCACAGCCAACAGGACCAGCCUCCGGUCACCCCCCACUAACCGCAGCCGCUGGCCCAGCUGUUUUCAACGGCAAAGGCUCCCCGAAGCACCAGCCGCUGGUGAAGAACAAGCUGUCGGCGGUGGCGCGGCCCUCGGCACUAGGUGUCCUGUCAAACUCCGGGCCCCCCAAGAAGCGCCACAAAGGGUGGUCUCCAGAAUCUCCAUCAGCUGCAGACGGUGGCUACCCCCAGGGUGGGGGGAACAGAGCCAAGUAUGAGAGCGCGGGCAUGUCCUACAUGCCCCAGGCUGGCUUGGUGGGACCAGCUUCAGUCACCUUUCCUGUCGUGGCCUCCGGAGAACCAGUGUCAGUUCCCGACAACUUGCUGAAAAUAUGCAAGGCCAAGCCAGUGAUCUUCAAAGGCCACGGGAACUUCCCUUACCUGUGUGGGAACCUCAACGACGUCGUGGUGAGCCCGCUGCUGUACACGUGCUACCAGAACGCCCAGUCCAUCUCCCGGGCAUACGAGCAGUACGGAGCCGCCACCAUUCAGCCCAUCUCGGAGGAGACGCAGCUGCUGCUCACCGUCUACUACCUGGUGCAGCUGGCGGCAGACCAGGUGCCCCUGAUGGAGGACCUGGAGCAGAUCUUCCUGCGCUCGUGGCGCGAGUCGCACCUGACGGAGAUCCGGCAGUACCAGCAGGCGCCGCCGCAGCCCUUCCCGCCCGCACCCAGCGCCGCGGCGCCCGUCACCUCGGCGCAGCUGCCCUGGCUGGCCGGCCUGGCCGCCAGCUCCUGCAACGACAGCGUGCACAUCAUCGAGUGCACUUACUCCCUGGCCGAGGGCCUCUCUGAGAUGUUCCGGCUGCUUAUCGAGGGCAAGCUGGCCAAGACCAACUACGUGGUGAUCAUCUGUGCCUGCCGGAACGCGGCCAUCGACUCCUGCAUCGCUGUCACCGGGAAAUACCAGGCCCGGAUUCUCUCCGAGAGCCUGCUCAGCCCCGCGGAGUACCAGAAGGAGGUCAAUUACGAGCUGGUUACAGGCAAAGUGGACUCCUUGGGGGCCUUCUUUAGCAGCCUCUGUCCAGAGGGCGACAUCGACAUUUUGCUGGACAGAUUUCAUCAGGAAAAUCAAGGCCACAUUUCUUCUUCACUCACUGCUGCCUCUGCUGCCAAAUCAGCGUCCCUGGAUGUCAGCGGGGCGCCGGCUUGCACGAGUCACAGCCUGGGGCCGCACCACAUCCGGCCCUUCCAGCUGGCGGUGGCCCAGAAGCUCCUCUCCCACGUGUGUUCGAUCGCGGACUCCAGCACCCAGAACCUGGACUUAGGAUCCUUCGAGAAGGUGGACUUCCUGAUUUGCAUUCCCCCCUCCGAAGUGACCUACCAGCAGACGCUGUUCCACGUCUGGCACUCGGGGGUUUUGCUGGAGCUUGGCUUGGAAAAGGAGCGCAUGACCAAGCAGAGGGUGGAGCAGUACGUCCUGAAGCUGGACGCCGAGGCACAGACGAAAUUCAAGUCCUUCCUGCAGAACUCCUUCCAGAAUCCGCAUACGCUCUUCGUCCUGAUCCACGACCACGCCCACUGGGAUCUCGUGAGUAGCGCCGUUCCUAACCUCUACUCCCAGAGCGACCCGUCUGUGGGAUGGGUGGACAGACUGCUCAACUGCAGGGAGGUGAAGGAGGCCCCCAACAUCGUGACCCUGCACGUGACGUCCUUCCCAUACGCGCUGCAGACACAGCGCACCCUCAUCAGCCCCUACAACGAGAUCCACUGGCCGGCCCCCCACAGUGACGGCGCGGACUUGUACGCCGAGAACAAGAAGUACUUCGGGCUGUCGGAGUUCAUCGAGUCCACCCUUUCGGGACACAGCCUCCCUCUGCUCAGAUACGACAGCGCCUUCGAGGCCAUGGUCACCGCGCUGGGAAAAAGGUUCCCGCACCUGCAUAGCGCGGUCAUCCGGACGUUCGUUCUGGUGCAGCACUAUGCGGCCGCCAUGAUGGCCGUGCGCGGCCUCUCGCAGAUGAAGAACUACACGUCGGUGGAGACGCUGGAGAUUGCCCAGAACCUCCUCAACUCGUCCAAGCAGUGCCCCUGCGGCCACGGGCUCAUGGUCCUGCUGCGGGUGCCCUGCUCGCCGCUGGCGGCCCUGGCCUACGAGCGCCUGGCCCACGUGCGGGCACGGUUAGCGCUGGAGCAGCACUUUGAGAUCAUCCUGGGCAACCCCAGCUCGGGCCUCACCGUCGGGAAGCACUUUGUGAAGCAGCUCAAGAUGUGGCAGAAAAUUGAGGAUGCAGAGUGGAGACCUCAGACUUACUUGGAGUUGGAGGGCCUGCCUUGCAUCCUAAUCUUCAGUGGGAUGGACCCGCACGGGGAAUCCUUACCAAGGUCUCUGAGGUACUGCGACCUGCGUCUGAUCAACUCAUCUUGCUUGGUGAGAACCGCGCUGGAGCAGGAGCUGGGCCUGGCUGCCUACUUUGUGAGCAGUGAGGCUCCGCCGGAGAAGGAGCCCCGGAGCGAGGGCCCGGAGAGCGACGCAGAGAAGCUGAGCAGCACAGACAAUGAGGACGAGGAGCUGGUGACGGAAGGCUCCACCUCGGAGAAGAGGAGCCCGGUGAAGAGGGAGCGGUCGCGCUCCCACGACUCCGCGUCCUCCUGCCUCUCCUCUAAGGCGUCCGGCUCAGGGGCGGCCGGUGGCGAGACCUCGGCUCAGCCCGGCGGGCCCUGGCAGGGGGAGCAGGCCCGGUCCCCACAGCCCUGCGGACCCCCCGAGGAGGGCAGGGCCCUCGGCGACCGACAGAGGCCCCGAGCCAGCCAGGGGCCACCGCCGGCCGGGAGCAGGCACAGCCCUGGGCCGGCCCCGCAGCCUGACUCCGGCCUGAGGAGCAGCCAGAGGAGCGUCCAGGCGCCGGCCGCCCCACCGUCCCAGCUCUGCCCCUCGGGCCCGCUGUCCUCAUCCACAGCGGUCCCGCAGGGGUGCUCCGCGGCCCGGGCCUGCCGGCAGCCGCCCAUCGUCUUCCUGCCCAAACUGGUGUACGACGUGGUCACGGCCACGGACGGCAGCGGCCUGCCCAAGGCCGCCUCGCUGCUGCCCUCCCCCUCGGUCAUGUGGGCCAGCUCCUUCCGCCCCCUGCUCAGCAAGACCAUGACCUCCACGGAGCAGUCGCUGUACUACCGGCAGUGGACGGUGCCCCGGCCCGGCCACAUGGACUACGGCAACCGCGCCGAGGGCCGCGUGGACGGCUUCCACCCGCGCCGGCUGCUGCUCAGCGGGCCCCCUCAGAUCGGGAAGACAGGUGCCUACCUGCAGUUCCUCAGCAUUUUGUCCAGGAUGCUCGUUCGGCUCACGGAGGUGGAUGUUUACGACGAGGAGGAGAUCAAUAUCAACCUCCAAGAAGAGUCUGAUUGGCGCUAUGUCCAGCUUGGCGACCCCUGGCCGGACCUGGAGCUCUUCACGAAGCUGCCUUUUGACUACGUCAUCCAUGACCCCAAGUACGAAGAUGCCAGCCUGAUCUGUUCCCACCAUCAGAGCGUGAAGAGCGAAGGCAGAGGGACGCCCAGGAAGCCGGAGGACCUGUACGUGCGGCGUCAGACGGCGCGCAUGCGGCUGUCCAAGUACGCGGCCUACAACACCUACCACCACUGCGAGCAGUGCCACCAGUACAUGGGCUUCCACCCCCGCUACCAGCUCUAUGAGUCCACCCUGCACGCCUUUGCCUUCUCUUACUCCAUGCUAGGAGAGGAAAUCCAACUCCAUUUCAUCAUCCCCAAGUCCAAGGAGCACCACUUCGUCUUCAGCCAACCCGGAGGCCAGCUGGAGAGCAUGCGGCUGCCCCUCGUCACGGACAAGAGUCACGAAUAUAUAAAAAGUCCGACAUUUACCCCAACAACUGGCCGCCAUGAACACGGGCUCUUUAACCUGUACCACGCGAUGGACGGAGCCAGCCACCUGCACGUGCUGGUUGUCAAGGAGUACGAGAUGCCCAUUUAUAAAAAGUACUGGCCCAACCACAUCAUGCUGGUGCUCCCCAGUAUCUUCAACAGCGCCGGAGUUGGCGCUGCCCACUUCCUGAUCAAGGAGCUGUCCUACCACAACCUGGAGCUGGAGCGGACCCGGCAGGAGGAGCUCGGGAUCAAGCCGCAGGACAUCUGGCCCUUCAUCGUGAUUUCUGACGACUCCUGCGUGAUGUGGAACGUGGUGGACGUCGAUGGGGGCGGGGAGAGGAGCAGAGAGUUCUCCUGGUCGGAAAGGAACGUCUCUUUGAAGUACAUCAUGCAGCACAUCGAGGCGGCCCCCAACAUCACCCACUACGCCCUGAUCGGCAUGCGGAAGUGGUCCAGCAAGACCGGGAGCCGGGAGGUGCGCGAGCCCUUCUCCCGCUGCCACGUGCACGACUUCAUCAUUCUGAAUGUGGACUUGACCCAGAACGUCCAGUACAACCAGAACCGGUUCCUGUGUGACGACGUGGACUUCAACCUGCGGGUGCACAGUGCCGGCCUGCUGCUCUGCCGGUUCAACCGCUUCAGCGUGAUGAAGAAGCAGAUCGCUGUGGGUGGGCGCCGGUCCUUCCACAUCACCUCCAAGGUGCCGGACAGCCCCGCGGCCGUGGUGCCCGCCCAGUACAUCUGCGCCCCGGACAGCAAGCACGCGUUCCUGGCCGCCCCUGCACAGCUGCUGCUGGAGAAGUUCCUGCAGCACCACAGCCGCCGCUUCUUCCCGCUCUCCCUGCAGAACCGCGGCCACCCCGUGCUCUCAGUCGACUGCUACCUGAACCUGGGACCGCAGAUCUCUGUGUGCUACGUGAGCUCCAGGCCCCACUCCCUGAACGUCAGCUGCUCCGACUUCAGGUUCAGCGGGCUCCUGCUCUACCUCUGCGACUCCUUCGUGGGAGCCAGCUUCCUGAAAAAGUUUCAUUUCCUGAAAGGUGCCACCCUGUGCGUGAUCUGCCAGGACCGGAACUCGCUCCGCCAGACCGUGGUCCGCCUGGAGCUGGAAGACCAGUGGCAGUUCCGGCUGCGUGACGAAUUCCAGACCGCCAACGCCAAGGAAGACCGGCCGCUCUUUUUUCUGACGGGACGACACAUCUGAGGGAUGGAGACGCCCCAGCAGGUUUCCGGGAAGAGUGGAGCCUUUGGAACCCCAUGCUGUCGAGGCUGAAGGAGGAGUUAGAAGCAGGGGGCGUUGGAACUGAAACGGGCCAUAGAGCUUGUCCUGUGCAAGCCAGGGCACCGAGGCCCAGGAACAGAGGGUCCAUGGGUGGCGAGCGGGAAAUCAGACCCAACCUCCCGAGUCCUGGGCCAGCGACGUUGCCCUGGGCCAGGUCAGAGGCCAUCUUGGCUGAGAACAAAGUUUUGCCUGCUGUCACAUCUUCCAUAUGCUUCCAUGGACACACCUGACUUUUCUCUUAGCUCUCAAUCUCGGAUCAUUUUGUAGAGGCGCCAGUGCUUCGGGUGACGUGUGUGGUGUGAGCUCCGUAGGGUCCCCUGUCGUCGUCUACGAAGCGAUGUUCCGGAAGUGCGUUUUAACCACAAAGGCUGCAGAGAAAAGCUACGUGCGUCACUGCAUAAGAAUUACAUAAUUACCUAUAAGUUUGCUUUUUAAAAAGCUGGCCCCAAGGUAUCAACUUUACUAAAGUAAAACAAAUUGUUUUACUUCAGAGCAAAUGCGAUUCUAUUAAAAUAGCAUAGGGUAAAUACCCUACCUCUUAGAAAGUGCAGCAGUGAAAAGAAACUCUUUAAAAAGUUUCAGGUUAGAGUUGACCUUAAGAAACAAUUUGCCUUACAAAGGAAAGGACCAAAUGGCUUACUUGAAACAAACGUUGAAAACACAGUGCUAGAUAACCAGCUUGGUAAGAACUAGACUUCUGACCAUAAUUUAUUGAAGCUUGGUUUUCAGUUCCUUAAAUAGCUUGCCUUUUCUUAUGACUGCUUGUCCCUGACCAGGGAGGAAGGGCAUGGGGGACAGAGCAGAGACAGCAGCAGGGGCAUUCCUUGCGCCGCACUCUCUCCCUUGCCCGCCAGAAAGUUCUGUAGACCAGCCUUUCAGAGGCUGCCUCCAGGCGGGCCUGGUCUCGUGCAUGCACUGAUGGGCUCUUCCU